AUGAUCAUCUGGUAUGCGGGCGGCAGCCAGUGGGGCGCCCUGAUCGGUUUGGGGACGCCGAACCCGGAAGCGGAACCGGUCAUCGGCCUUGGUCACUUCACCACCCCCGAGUUCCUCUGGUUCUACGUCUACUACAUCAUCUUUGUUGCGGCCUUUUUUGCCUUCUGGCAUCGCCGCGCCAAGCACCCCUGGGAGCUCUGGUCGAUUCUCGGCUCGGCGCUGAUCCUGUUCGUCACCUAUUUCAACGUGCAGGUAUCGGUCGCCAUCAACAAUUGGCGCCGUCCGUUCUUCGACGGCGUUCAGGACGCGUUGACCGAGGGGUCCACGAUCACACAGGCCGAUCUGUUCGAGCUGAUCGUGGUUUUUGCGCAGCUUGCCUUUUUGUUCAUAGCCAUCAUCGUCGUGUUCCGUUUCUUCGUCAGCCACUGGAUCUUCCGCUGGCGCACCGCGAUGAACGACUACUACAUGGCCCGCUGGAAGCAGGUGCGGCACAUUGAGGGCGCGUCCCAGCGUGUUCAGGAGGACACGAUGCGCUUCGCCGGCAUCAUGGAGGGCCUCGGCGUGUCCGCGGUUGACGCGGUGAUGACGCUGAUCGCCUUCCUGCCGGUGCUCUGGGGCCUCUCCGAGUUCGUCUCAGAACUGCCCAUCGUCGGCGCCAUUCCCGCUCCGCUUUUCACGGCUGCCAUCGUCUGGUCCGUGCUCGGGACCGGCGUUCUGGCGCUGGCGGGCAUCCGGCUGCCGGGGCUUGAGUUCAAGAACCAGCGUGUCGAGGCGGCCUAUCGCAAGGAACUCGUCUAUGGCGAGGACCGCGAGGAACGCGCCCAGCCGCCGACCGUGCGCGAACUGUUCGGCGACGUGCGCCGCAAUUAUUUCCGGCUGUACCUGGAAUAUAUGUAUUUCAACAUUUUCCGGUUCAUGUACCUGCAGGCCGACAACAUUUUCGUCUACAUCCUGCUGAUUCCGACCAUCAUCGGCGGAGCGGCCACGGGCUUCACGUUCGGUGUGCUGCAGCAGAUCCUGACUGCCUUCAAUCAGGUCUCGAACUCGUUUCAGUAUCUGGUCAACUCAUGGACGACGAUCGUCGAACUGCUGUCGAUCUACAAACGCCUGCAGUCCUUCGAGGCAGCGAUCGACGACAAGGACCUGCCGGAUAUCGACCGCGAAUGGCUCGACCUUCACGGAGGAGGCCCCGACCAGGAGGUGGAGACGAUCGGCUCGGGCGUUUAG